UUUGUCAGUCAUCCUGCUGCCUUCUGCCUAACAUUGCUGGUGUAGCCAUCCAAAGUGCGGCAUAUUUGCCAUUCAGUUUGUCUUUGUCGUUCGCUGCGGUCGUUACGUUACGUUGAAAACGUUGAAGGAUUCGCCUAAUAAAAGAAGCCAAACACAGUAAAGCAAAAAAAUAUACCGACAUAUAUGUAAAAAAUAUAUAGAAAUCGACUAUAUUAAACGCCGGACGGUGUUUUUGGUUUUAGAAAUUGUAGAAAUCGCAAAAUAAAGCUUUUAAAAGUACCGUUAGCCCGUUAAUUGAGCACUGGCUGAAACACCGACGAAGACAAAGUGCCGCUUAACGCAAGGAAGCCUAAAAAAUAAAUACAAAUAAAAAUAAAAAAUCGCGAAAGACUGUUUUUCGAAACGCAAAGCACGCCGUCGAACACUUUUGAGACAGUCUUUUUACGAAAGAAAUAUAAAAAAAAUAGAACUUAACAGUUCACCAGCGAAUGGAUAAUAUUUCCACAGUCUAUCAUAUUUGUAGUGUGCAAAUUUGUUUUUCAAAAAUUAUCAUAAAAAGUGUCUGUGUAUUUGUUUGCUUGCAGUGUACUUUCGUGCGAGGAAUUCUUGCAAAAGUGUAAAUAAUAAAAUAAUUUAGAAAAUUCUAGCGAAAAUAACUUGGCAGUUUCACAAACAUAUCUCUAAAAUAAAUAAAUAUUUAAAAAAAUAAAAAAAUAUUUUCAAAACUAAAAAAAAAAUAAAAAAUAUUGAAAAAAAAAUUUCAAAAAUUUUUGAAAAAAAAUUUUGAAAAAAUUUUGAAAAAAUUUCAAAAAUUUCAAAAAAAUAUAAAUAAUUAAAAAAUCGUCGCUAAAAGCCAGCGUGUACAUAAAACCAUUCAACAAAAUCUUCACCCUCCACCCGCACACUCACUUGUGUGUGCGCUCUAAUCCAAUUAACCCCAACCACUGCGUGUCUGUGCAUUUGUGUGCGUGUCUUUGCACAACAGCGAGAAAUAUCGCCACCCAUCAGCCAACAACCGACAGUCAACAGUAGUGUCACCACGUUUGUAUUGCUAUUAAUUUCACUUCUAAUAAAUCCAACGUCAGGCAGCUACUACCUACGCACACACACAUACAGCACAGCCACAGCGACCAACUUUCUUUCCAAACAAACAACGUUGAAUCUCGUCACCAGCGCUGUGUUGCUGCAAAUCAAUCCAAGAGUCACGUUUAAAAUCAAUAAAUUUCUUUGUUUACUUAGUCGCUUAGUCGUCGUCGUCGCUAGUCUCCGUUCGUCAUCAUGUUGAUUGGAUUAGUACGCGAUUCGGUGAUGCAGUGCUUCUGCCAUACAUGCCGGGCUCCCAUUUUGCCAGCUGUAUCGCGGAGAUCAGCACCCAUUAAGAAGAACAAUAAAAUACGCUCAAAACAGCCGCGUCUUUCCAAGAAAGUGAAAUUUAUCACCACUGAAAUUCGCUGCCAGGAGAAAUCGCGUGGCGGUCUUAGCUAUGAAGUGAUUCUGGCCGAGCCAGCACCCAAUGUGGUAGUACCCAAGCGUCCAGUGACACCUGGUAAAAAUGUGUCAGCCGAGGAGAUCGAGCAAAAGCUGAAAGCUGCCGAAGAGCGACGCAUUUCUUUGGAACAAAAGAAAAUGGCCGAUUUAACCUACAAACUGUCGAAAAUCGAGGAGGCCACACGCAAAAAGGAUGAAAUCACCAAUGAGUUCAUCAAUCAGACCAAGGAGAAGUUGGAAACCAAAAUCGAACAGCAUGUUGAGAAACGCGAAGCCAUCAUUAGCGACAUGAAGGAGAAAUUGAAGAUUCACUCACAAGAAAUUGAGAAGACACGCGAACAAUUGGAGCAGCAGAAAUCCAUUGAGAAAGUGGCCAUUGAGGAGAAAUUGAAGACCGCUCAGACUUUGCGAGAUGAGAACAUUAAAAAGAUGCUGGAACGUCUUAAGGAGCAUAACACUAACAAAAAAAAUCAAAUCGACCAAUUGGAAACACAAAAACUCGAGGAGAAGACCCGCAUUAUUGAAAAUAAAUUGUACACCGCCGAACAAAAUCGUGAAAAGGAGAUACAAAAGAAAAUUGAAAAAGUUCAAAAACUUGAACGUCGCGCUGAAUUGGUGCGCCAGAAUAAGGCGGCAGCACAGCAACCGAUUUGUGAUGAUACCAACACAGCUAUUGCCUCAUCUGGUUAGAGCGACAACAACAACAUAAAGAAGAACACAACAACAAUAAUAUUUAUAAAAAAAAAACGGCACACAUACAUAGAAAACAAGAAAAAACAAACAGUUAAGAGCAAAAGAAAAUCGCAACAACAACAAUAACACUGAAGAUGAAUGAUAGCGGGGAUGGAGGAGGAGUUUUGCGGAGAAAAAACCUAAUGUGCGACAGGGUGAACCUUGAGCGCAUAGCAGGAAAACGGUUGAAAAUUGAGCAGCAUACAAAACUCUGGCGCAGCUUAAGAACACUUAUGUAAUAUUGCAAAAAAAAACCACACUAACAACUUAGCAUAGGAAAUGCGACUAAAAUUUCGAGACGAAACCAGCCGUUGCACAACUUAAAUGAUAUUUAAAAAAUAUAUAAAACAAAGAAGAAACGAGUAUAACUGCAGCAGUAAUAAAUGAAAAAAAAAUAAAAUAUUAAACAAAAUCAUACAAAUUAUUUAAAUGAAGCGUUUUCACAACACUCUUGCGUAUAGAAGGAAAAACAAUAAAAAAUACAUACCUAUGUAAUGAUUAAAGAUGAUAUGCCGCAGAAAAGCAACAGCAAAAAACCAUAACUCAACACUCGUCAAAGGCAAAUUCAGCAAAAUCAGCAGAAAAGAUAACACACUUUAUAAAUUAUAAUUAUUAUUAAUAAUAUGUAAAAUGAGUGAGCUGCAGCAGAACAUACAUACAUAGAGAAACACACUUUACUAUUCGAAGAAAAAUGAAGCGAAAGCAUAAACAUUAAACGCAUUAAAAUAUACAUACAUAUAUUCUCAUUAUUAUUAUUAUUAUUACAAAUUAAAAUUAUAUUUUUAUUAUUAUUAUUAUUACUAUUACGAUUAAUUAACUGAUUUAUUGAUUGAUUAAUGGAUUUCGAUUAAUUCACAAUUUAUAAUUAUAUUUCUUAUUACUAAUAAAAAGAAAAUGAUGCAAAAUGAAUGAUAGAAAUGAUUUGUAAGCAAACAUACAAACACACACACAAGUGGCGCAAGCGCUCUUUUUCAGAUAUUCAACAAAUACUCUCUCUACUUAAAAUAAAUAUAAUCGCAAGAAAAGCAACAACAGCUAAUAUGAAAAGAAACAAAACCAAAAAGAAAAAAACACAAAAACAAAAGCAGAAAUAAAAUUAACAAAA